AUGGCAUCGUUUGCUGAAAUUCACAAAUCACCUUAUACAGCGCUUGCUAACGCGGUCUUGGGAAACCCGUUGGCUGGCAGGGUCAUACUCAUUACUGGCGCCGGCCGUGGAGUUGGUGAACAUAUCACCCAUCAGAUGGCAAUUGCCGGAGCUGAGCGGAUAGGCCUUAUUGGCCGUAAUGAGCCUAGAAUUUUGGCGACACGAGAUAAAUUUGCAAAAGUCUAUACUGGAACAACUUUUGAGGCUUUCACGGCUGAUAUUACGGAUGAGAAAGCUAUUCACGCAGUCUUCGAGUCAUUUGGCGCACCUGAUAUUCUGAUAAAUAAUGCAGGUACUUUUUCAGAUGAUGGGCCGUUCGUUGAGCAGAAUCUGAAAGCUUGGUGGACCGGCUUUGAGACCAACAUUCUUGGCACAGCAAUUGUAACGCAGCAAUUUCUUCGAACUAAGCCUAAAGGAAAGACUGCUGUUGUUCUUAAUGUGACAAGCAUGGGUGCUCAUAUGCGAUUCCCCUUAGUAGGUUUUUCGGGGUAUAAUGGAAGUAAGAUGGAACAAGUUCGGAUCUUCGAGAGUAUUCGAUUCGAGCACCCUGAAGUCCGUUUUAUUAAUAUCCAUCCCGGAAACAUACAAUCAGAUGGUUUUGUCAAGUCUAAAUCACCUGUACCAAGGGAUGGAAUGACAGACGGGGUAGUUACAGGGCAGUUCUUGGUAUGGCUCGUGUCUGAAGAAGCAGACUUUCUUAGCGGAAGAUUCGUAUGGGCGGAGUGGGAUAUAGACGAACUGAAGGCAAAAAAGACGGAAAUAUUGGAGCAGAAUCUUCUUUUGACUACCAUAGACGGAUUUAAAAACGACUUCUAA